AUGGUGCUGAUCGACAAGCACGAGUACCUCACCGAGGAGGAGAAACGUCUCAAGGAAGACCGAGAGCGUACUCGCUAUUGGAAACGAUGGGGUCCCUAUGUGGCCGAGCGACAAUGGGCAACCGUCCGUGAGGAUUAUUCCGAGGAUGGAGACGCUUGGAGCUACUUUUCCCACGAUCAUGCACGGUCGCGCACCUUUCGUUGGGGCGAAGACGGAAUCGCCGGUGUAUCCGAUACCCACGGCCUGCAGAAUAUUGCAUUUACAUUUUGGAACGGUGAAGACGAUUUCCUGAAGGAGCGUCUCUUCGGUCUAUCAAACCCUCAAGGUAACCAUGGUGAGAGUAUCAAGGAAGCCCAUUUCCACGUCGAUAACACCCCCACCCAUUCCUACAUGAAAUUUCUUUACAAGUAUCCCCAAAAGAAGUUUCCCUAUCAGGACCUGAUUGACGAGAAUGCCAAGCGGUCGCGUCUGGAGAAGGAAUACCAGAUCCUUGAUACCGGUAUCUUCGAUGACAAUCGCUACUGGGACAUCUUCAUUGAGACCGCCAAGGAAGCGGACAAGGAGGAGGAGCUUAUCUUCCGUGUCAUUGCAUACAACCGUGGCCCUGAGCCGGCUCCCUUACAUAUCAUUCCCCACGUCUGGUUCCGAAACACCUGGUCCUGGGAGAAGGAACAAGCAAAGCCAUCGAUCAAGAAGGACGGCGACCGCACUGCCAAGUCAACUCACAAAACACUCGGUGACCGAUAUGCGUGCUUCGCCCCUUCGCCCCCUGUUGGUUCCAGUGAUGACGAUAUUCAGCCCACUCUGCUUUUCACGGAUAACGAGAGCAACAACAAGAAGCUCUGGGGCACCGAGAACGAGCACCCCUACGUGAAGGAUGCUUUCCACAACUACAUCGUCGACGAUGAGAAAGAUGCCGUCAAUCCUGACAACGAGGGUACCAAGGCUGCCGCGUGGUAUGCCUUUGAUGGAGACGACAUGGUCCCUCCCGGGGAAUGUGCCGUCGUCCGCUUCCGCUUCUCUCAGAAGAAGGAGGAAUUCGUGGAUGAGGAAGUCCUCGAUGAUGUGAUCGAGCAGCGUCGCGCCGACGCUGAUGACUUUUACUACCGUAUCAACCCACUUCCCAUGAGCGAGGACCUGCGCAACAUCCAGCGUCAGGCAUUCUCGGGUAUGAUGUGGUGCAAGCAAUACUACAACUUCAUUUGGGAUCAAUGGAGUAAUGGUGAUUCUGGUGAGAUUCCCCCGCCGCCAGGCCGAAAAGGUAUUCGCAACGAGCAGUGGCGCCACCUGUAUAUCGACGAUAUCCUGUCGAUGCCGGACUCGUGGGAGUACCCGUUCUUCGCGGCAUGGGAUACCGCGUUUCACUGUAUUCCUCUGGCAAUGAUCGAUCCGGACUUCGCGAAGAAGCAACUCGACCUUAUGACCAGGGAGUGGUAUAUGCACCCCAAUGGCCAACUGCCUGCGUAUGAAUGGAACUUCGGAGAUGUCAACCCACCCGUGCAUGCCUGGGCCGUCUUCCGCACGUUCAAGAUUGAGCGUAAGAUGUACGGCCGCCAGGAUUUGGAUUUCCUCGAGCGCGUCUUCCAGAAGUUGCUGCUCAACUUCACCUGGUGGGUUAACCGCAAGGAUUCAGAUGGGAAGAACGUGUUCGAGGGAGGCUUCCUGGGUCUGGAUAACAUUGGUUUGUUCAACCGCUCUGAGCCUCUGCCGACUGGUGGUGUGCUCGAACAGGCCGACAGUACUGGCUGGAUGGCCUUCUACUGUUUGUGCAUGCUCAACAUUGCCUUGGAGCUUGCCAAGCAUCGGAGAACCUACGAAGACAUUGCGUCCAAGUUCUUCGAGCACUUCAUCCUUAUCAGUGAUGCUAUGACUUUCCGCAAUGGCGAUGACAAGGUCCAGUCUCUCUGGAAUGAGGAGGAUGAGUUCUACUAUGAUGCCAUUUCCUAUGGUGGCCCAUGGACUCAGCAGCUACCCAUUCGGUCAUUGGUUGGCCUGAUCCCACUCUAUGCUGUCCUGACUCUGGAGCCGGAGAUCAUCAAGAAGUUCCCUUCGUUCAAGCGCAGACUUGAUUGGUUCAUUGAGAACAAAUCAGAUAUUGCCGAGCGUAACAUUGCCAGCAUGAAGCAUCGCGGUAAAGAUGACCGACUCCUGUUGGCUCUUGUCAGCAAGGACCGCCUGGAGAAGAUUUUGAAGCGUAUGCUCGACGAGACCGAGUUCUUGUCCGAGCACGGCAUCCGAUCCAUGUCCAAGUUCCACGAGGAGAGCCCCUACUCUAUGGACGUCAAUGGCCAGACCUUCAAAGUGGAAUACGUUCCCGGUGAUUCGAACAGCUCUCUGUUCGGCGGUAACAGUAACUGGCGCGGACCGAUCUGGCUGUGUGUCAACUUCCUGCUCGUCGAGUCUCUGCUUCGCUUCUACAUGUUCUACGGCGAUUCUUUCAAGGUCGAAUGUCCCACUGGCUCAGGUGACUACAUGCAUCUAGGCCAGGUCGCUGAGGAGCUUCAACACAGAAUGCAGCAUCUCUUCGCUCGCAACGACGAGGGCCGUCGUGCCAUCAACGCGCACUCCGAUCUGCUCGACUUUGAUGAGCACUGGAAGGACUACCUCUGGUUCCACGAGUUCUUUGAUGGUGAUACCGGCCGCGGUCUCGGAACUUCCCACCAGUGCGGUUGGACUGGUCUCAUCGCCAAGGUCAUCCACGACACUGGUCUCAACUGUCGUCUCCCUCAAACUCCCCGCUCCCCAUUCGCUGCCGCCUCCCACUACUUCGACGACAUCUUCUCUCGUACUGGCCGCCCCGGGAUGUCUAGACGUCCCACUGUCCGACGCUCCUCAACCACCCGCUCCAUCGGCAACCGCAGCGACUUCCACUCCACGCCCGGCGACGCCACCCCAGGUGCCUCCUCGACCUUGGACGACGACGACGACUACGACACUAGCAGACCAGCCAGCCGCCGCGGAAGCACAAAUGGAGCAGCAGACGAGCAUCUCGAUCACUACGUUGAGAGCCAGCUUCAGCGCGUCCGUAGUUCCGCCUCGCUCGGCGCAUUCGAGGAUGAGCUUGAGACACAGGCGGAUCAGGAGAAUGGAAAUAGAAAUGGAAACGGUCACACUUAA